CUACAACAGCAGCAGCAGCAUCUGUGAAGGCGGCAGUCGAAAGCACUUUGAUGAAUAACGCUUACAGCUCUUACAGUAAUUUGUUGCAGUCAUUGUUGCUAUAUUUAAGUAGCAUAAGUACACACACAAGCACUUAGUGGUUUUAGUGUAAAUUUUGUGAUAAAUGUUUAUUGUAGUUAUUGAGUAGAACUUCUGUUGGCGUGAAUACUCACUACUCGUUGUUGCAGUUGUUGGUGUUAUAAUUGUUUUUGUUGAAAAAAUCGCUCGUGUUAGUGAGAGUGUGGUGAUUAAAACAACAAAUUUUGAAAAAAUUUUCUUGCUGCUCUACAUACUAACAUACACAGUUACUGGGCAUAAAGCCGCUUGCCGCUUGCCACAAAGCUUGCAACUAUUUUCGCCUAUCUGGGAUACAAAGCCUACCUGCGCUAUCUGAGUCCAGACCGAGAGGAGAAGAUGUCGAUCAAUCCACACGGGUAUAAAUUGUCCGAUAAAACGGCACGACUCACGGCGCAUGAUCUUUUGCCGACAACAGUCAGUGCUACCGCUGAGACGCGAGAGUUCCUUCAAAAGGUCAUUGAUGUACUAUUGGACUUCGUGAAGGCGACUAACGAUCGCAAUGAGAAGGUGCUCGAAUUCCAUCAUCCAGAGGAAAUGAAGACGCUCAUAAACUUGGACUUACCUGAUCGAGGUGUGACGUUGCAGCAACUGAUUGAAGACUGUGCCACGACACUGAAAUAUCAAGUGAAAACUGGACAUCCACACUUCUUCAAUCAGCUUUCAUGUGGACUGGACAUCAUCUCCAUGGCUGGCGAGUGGUUGACUGCAACUGCCAAUACCAACAUGUUCACAUACGAGAUUGCUCCCGUUUUCAUAUUAAUGGAGAAUGUGGUUCUUUCGAAAAUGCGCCAAAUCAUUGGCUGGGAUGGUGGAGACUCUAUUCUGGCACCCGGUGGCUCGAUCUCCAACUUGUAUGCAUUCUUGGCUGCACGCCACAAAAUGUUCCCCAACUACAAGGAACACGGAGCCGCUGGUCUGCCCGGACAAUUGGUCAUGUUCACCUCUGAUCAGUGUCACUACUCGGUGAAAUCAUGCGCUGCCGUAUGUGGCCUAGGCACGGAUCAUUGCGUUAUGGUGCCCUCUGAUGAGCGCGGCAAAAUGAUCACGUCGGAGUUGGAGCGUUUGAUAUUGGAGCGAAAGGCCAAGGGGCACAUUCCCUUCUUCGUGAAUGCCACCGCCGGCACCACAGUAUUGGGUGCCUUUGACAACAUCAACGAGAUAGCAGAUAUUUGCCAGAAGUACAACUGCUGGUUGCACGUGGAUGCUGCAUGGGGCGGUGGUCUGCUCUUGUCGCGCAAAUAUCGUCAUCCUCGACUUUCUGGCAUUGAGCGAGUUGACUCGGUCACCUGGAAUCCACAUAAAUUAAUGGGCGCCUUAUUGCAAUGCUCCACAAUACACUUUAAGGAGGAUGGUCUACUGAUUAGCUGUAAUCAGAUGUCGGCUGAGUAUCUUUUCAUGACCGACAAGCAGUACGACAUCAGCUACGACACAGGCGACAAGGUCAUCCAGUGCGGCCGCCACAACGACAUCUUCAAAUUGUGGCUGCAGUGGCGCUCGAAAGGUAAUGAGGGAUUCGAACGUCAACAGGACCGUUUGAUGCAACUCGCAGAGUACCAAGUAAGACGUAUCAAGGAGCAGCCCGACCGCUUCUAUUUGAUACUCGAGCCAGAGUUGGUCAACGUUUCUUUCUGGUACAUACCAAAACGCUUGCGCGGCGUGCCACACGACAAGAAAAAGGAAGUGGAAUUGGCAAAGAUCUGCCCCAUCAUUAAGGGACGCAUGAUGCAGAAGGGCACAUUGAUGGUUGGCUAUCAGCCGGACGAUCGCCGGCCAAAUUUCUUCCGCUCGAUCAUCUCGUCUGCCGCAGUGACCGAGCAAGAUGUUGACUUUAUGUUGGACGAAAUGCAUCGGUUAGGUGAUGAUUUGUAAGCGAACAAGGUCUCUGAACCCGAUGGAUCACAAUUGCAAUUAAGCAGAUAAAUGGCGCCACUUGCAGUUCAAUUCAUCACAGAGCUGUAGGCAAUGCGUCGGAGGUGAAAAUAAAUAGUUCAAUUAAUAAAAAAAAUAAAAAAAGAGCAUUAGAAAAAACUAGAAAUUAUUAUUUAGCAAAAAUCUAUACCAACCAAGAACUAUCUUUAAGGUAAAAGCAUAUCAAAGGAAUGUUGUUCGCGUUCAAGCAGCGCAUACAUUUUCAUUCUACACUUACUGUAUGUAUGUAUGUAAUUAGUUGUUAUUAUUCUAAGCACUAUACAUAUAUACACAAAUAUAUAUAUAUAUACUCAUGCACUUCUGCAAGUACUACAUACUUAUGUGCUGUUGUAAACAUUGUUAAGUAUUAACGAAUUCAUUUUACAUAAUUAACUGUUUCAACUGUUGUUGUUAUUGUAUGCCUGAGACUUUAAUCAUCGUUUUGUUAGUAUGCUAAACACAAAAACCUAUACAGACUAUACAUAUACAUAUAUAAAUAAACUUGCAUAUAAAUACUAAUAUAUUUACACAUAAUUAAAUAUGUAUGCUGAAUAUUAGGAAGAGAUAAAGAGAAGAGAAUCUCGAAGGAGCAACUAUAAAUCCCCGACCUCGUUGUCAAUUACAUCUAGUUAAACGGUGCACACUCUACGCAGAGCUUUCUCUCACGAAGCCAAAUGCAUUCAUACUCACUUGCAUGUAUGUAUAUGUAUAUGCACGUGUACAUAUGCGCCUACUUAGGUACAUAUGUUUGGUUGGUUGUGCGUGCGUUUGUUCGUGUGAGAUCUGUAGGUUGAGCGAACCGGACAAGAAUAGAAAGUUAUUUAACUUAAUGAUAUAUCAAAAAGCUGUUUAUAUAGAAUUACCUAUGAAUGUAUAUUUCAUUAAAAUGUGACAGCCAUGAAAAAAUGUGUAAAUUUUGAACUUAUUGCAAUAAAAAAUAUAGGAACGAACAUUAGAAAUGUUGAAAUCUGCUUGUGAUUCUGGCCGAAAAUAGUUACACUGAGCGCAAUCAGAAGAUGAAAAAGUUGUAAUAUUUUAGCGAAUACGCUUUGGACUGUUAUUUAACAAAGAAAAACAAAAGGUUUACAUAUACAUGCAUGCAUACUUAUAUAUAUAUAUAUAUAUAGCAUAAUUUAUGAUAAUUAAAUAAUAAAUGAGUCAGUGCAAACCAAAUGCAAUAACACCACCACCAAAGAUACACCAUAAACACCCACCACCUCUACCACUUGCGCCACUUGCAACCCCUGCCACUGCGAGGGAGCUAGAGAGCUAAGGAACUGGAGCCGAGCGCUUUGCAGCAUAGGAACUAGAGUAUGCAUAUGUGCAUAUGUACAUACAUACAUAUAUGUUUGCCUACACAAGCACAUUUUCAGAGAUUUUCCAUAGCAAAUCGCGUAUGUUUUCGGAUCGGAUAUUUAGCCUGACUUUAUUCCCGCAUUAAUAUCUUUUGGAUGAGUACAAAUUUGUGUAAUAAUAUGCUUGGUUACGGGGCACACUCACACAUGCAUAUGCUUGCUCACAUUUAUACAUAAAGUACAUUCUUACACAAUUACAGCCACAGGUAUUUGCAUGAUUCGUGCGAAUCAAGUAUUUCGUCCAUUAAAGCAAACAGCAAAUCGCCAAAUUGCACCCAUAUAUGUAUUUGAAUAUUUAAAAAUUAUAAAUUUUAAUAAGUCGCUGAUUUCUAAAUCAGCCUUUUUUUUCGUUGCUCGUGGCAUAUUAAGAAAAUAAGAAUUCGGAACUACUUUAAAUUUCAAAUUUCUAAUCAACAACUUGUUUGAUCCACGAAUGGUUUAAGUUUUAUAAUUUUGUUUACAUGGAAAUUAUAAUUGCUGUGAUUUCAAUAUCUCAUUUCUGCAAAUAGUUCUUUCCCCAUCACUCAAGAUAUAUGAUUAGCUUUAUAAAAAUUUAUUGAAAGUAUUUUUUUUUAAUUUGUGAUCACUAAGUUCCUAAUUCUAAGUUAUUAUAUUUAGUUAUUUAUAUAAUAU